CACACACCGCUCCUCCCCCGCCUGCGCCGGCACAGAGAAAGGGAAGGGAGGCGGCGCCGGGCCUGGGUCUCCCGCACCGCGCACAACAUGGAGGAGCUGGUGGUAGAGGUGCGGGGCUCCAACGGGGCCUUCUACAAGGCAUUUGUAAAGGACGUGCAUGAAGAUUCAUUAACAGUUUCAUUUGAAAACAACUGGCAACCAGAGAGACAAAUCCCAUUCCAUGAUGUGAGGUUCCCACCACCUGCAGGUUAUAAUAAAGACAUAAAUGAAAGCGAUGAAGUAGAGGUUUAUUCCAGGGCAAAUGAAAAAGAACCCUGCUGUUGGUGGUUGGCUAAAGUGAGAAUGAUAAAGGGUGAGUUCUACGUAAUAGAAUAUGCAGCCUGUGAUGCUACAUACAACGAAAUUGUCACAAUUGAGCGUUUGAGAUCUGUGAACCCCAAUAAACCCGCAACAAAAGAUACUUUUCAUAAAAUCAAACUGGCAGUUCCUGAAGAUUUAAGGCAAAUGUGUGCCAAAGAAUCUGCGCAUAAGGACUUCAAAAAGGCAGUUGGAGCUUUUUCUGUAACGUAUGAUUCUGAAAACCACCAGCUUAUUAUUUUGUCAAUCAACGAUGUAACCACAAAGCGGGCGAACAUGCUGAUUGAUAUGCACUUUCGGAGUCUUCGCACCAAGUUGUCCCUGAUACUGAGAAAUGAAGAAGCCAGCAAACAGCUGGAGAGUUCUAGGCAACUUGCAUCCCGGUUCCACGAACAGUUUGUAGUACGUGAAGACCUAAUGGGUUUGGCCAUUGGCACUCAUGGUGCUAAUAUUCAGCAAGCCAGAAAAGUCCCUGGAGUGACUGCCAUUGAUCUUGAUGAAGAUACUUGUACAUUCCAUAUUUAUGGAGAGGAUCAAGAUGCGGUGAAAAAGGCAAGAAGUUACCUUGAAUUUGCUGAAGAUGUCAUACAAGUCCCAAGGAAUUUAGUAGGAAAAGUAAUAGGAAAAAAUGGAAAACUGAUUCAGGAGAUAGUGGACAAAUCUGGCGUUGUAAGAGUGAGAAUUGAAGCUGAAAAUGAUAAAAAUAUUCCACAAGAGGAGGGAAUGGUACCAUUUGUGUUUGUAGGAACCAAGGAUAGCAUUACUAAUGCAACUGUUCUUCUGGAUUAUCAUCUUAAUUAUUUAAAGGAAGUGGACCAGCUGCGUUUGGAAAGAUUGCAAAUCGAUGAGCAACUGCGGCAGAUCGGAGCUACUUCCAGGCCCCCCCCGAACCGCACGGAUAAGGACAAAGGGUACAUGACCGACGACGGGCCGGGGCUCGGCCGCGGCAGCCGCCCCUACAGAAACCGCGGGCACAGCCGGCGUGGGCCAGGCUAUGCUUCAGGAACUAAUUCUGAAGCAUCAAAUGCUUCUGAAACAGAGUCUGAUCACAGAGAUGAGCUGAGCGAUUGGUCGGCGGCCCCGGCGGAGGAGGAGCGGGACAAUUACCUGCGCAGGGGGGACGGGCGGAGGCGUGGCGGCGGCGCCAGAGGCCAAGGCGGGAGGGGGCGCGGAGGAUUCAAAGGCAGUGAUGAACAGUCGCGAACAGAUAACCGUCAGCGUAACUCAAGAGAGGCAAAAGGGAGGACAGCAGAUGGGUCUCUUGAGAUCAGAAUUGACUGCAAUAAUGAGAGAAGUGUCCACACUAAAACAUUACAGAAUACCUCGAGCGAAGGCAGCCGGCUGCGGGCAGGCAAGGAGCGGAACCCGAAGAAGGAGAAGACGGACAGCGCAGACGCUCAACAGCCGCUGGUGAACGGAGUCCCCUAAACUGCAUAACUCUGAAGUCAUAUUUCCUAUACUGUUUCAGUAAUUCCUAUUCCAUGUUAGAGAAACUUGUUAGGCCAAAGACAAAUAGUAGGCAAGAUGGCGCAGGGCAUGAAAUGAACAUAUGUUCUCUGUUAGCCUUUUUUAACAUCAACAGUAUGCAGUUGUUUUCAGAAUAAGAAGUUACUCAAAUAUUUGCAUAAAAAUACCUGAACUUCUGAAAAUCGCUUCCAAGUACAUAUUGCAGUUCAAACGAUGAAAGAUUCUUUUUUUGUUUGUUUUACAAAUACUGAGCUGUGCAUUGGUAAACUUUCUGUUCAGUUGUACCAUUUUAACACAUCGGGUCAAAUUCACUGCUCAAUUUCAAUUUUCAGAAUAAAUAGUGUUUGCAGUAAUCAAAUUGGCUUCUGUUUUCAAUCUAACUUACCAGUUCUUCAUGAAAUGCUAUGUCGUUUUAUGUCCUGUGUCAGUUCACAUUGCGGUCCACCUUUUUCAAUAGUUUGGUGGACCCUGAAAUCUGUGUGAUGUAACAAUUGUCAUUUUCAUUAGCAAAAAAGUUGUAUGAUCUGUGCCUUUUUUAUAUCUUGGCAGGUAGGAAUAUUAUAUUUGGAUGCAGAAAUCAGGGAAGAUGAGUUGGUAACACUAAAUGUAAAAUAUAUGUAGCAAUCCUUGUCAGACGUUAGUACUUUAUAGACAAGUGCAUGCUUUCCAUAAUUUUUUCCCUACAUAAACAUUCAGUUAGGCAGUUAUAAGAAUAGGAAAUUUAUUUUGCACUGAAGAUUUGGCAAAUAGUGUUAUUGAAAAAGGGGUGUAAUUUUUUUCUUUGUAGGCAGUACAUAAGCUUUUUUUUUAAAAAAAUAAAACUAAAAAAAAAAAUCUUUCCAUUGUGGAAAACUAAAAAACUCAUUGUUACUGAGGGAACAAGUGUAACAUGUUCACAAGCUAGUAAUGCGUGCCUGCUGUUUGGCCAGAUGACCAGCCUAAAGCAUUGAUGGUUUUCAACUUCACAACAUUUUUGAAUUGCUUAUUUUAAUUUGGGGACUAUUUCAGGAGAAGUAGGAAGAAAGUCACCACAUUCCAUGCCCUGGCAAGUACAGAUACGGUAGUCGAAAAUAUUGAAGGUAAAACAAAAAUUCUUCAUAUUUUGAGCUGCAAGGUCCUAAUUACCAGCCAAUAUGAAGUUGUCACAGAAUUUGAUCCAAAGUACAGCUGUACACCAGGGAAGAGUGGGAAAUGGUGGGAGGUGCUGUGCUUUCUUUCAUUUCUGAUCACAUGUUAAACUUACUGGGCACAACUGCAUAAGGACCUUCAUUUUAGUCCAUUUUUGUUCAGAUUACUCCAGAAGAGCCACUGUUCAUGUACAGAAUUGUACAAACUUGACCUUGCCUCUGAUGUAUUUUGUGAGUUUUGUUUCUUUGCUUUCUUCAUUUUUUUUUUUCCUUGCAUACAGGUGAGCAUACUAAAACUGGCAACGAACUGCACAUGAUUUAACAAAUAUAAAAAUGUCUUAAAAAGUAUUGCCAAACAUUAAUGUUGAUUUCUAGUUAUUUAUUUUGGGAAUGUAUAGUAUUUGAAAACAGAAAUUGGUACCUUGCACACAUCAUCUGUAAGCUGUUUGGUUUAAAAUACUGUAGAUAAUUAACCAAGGUAGACUGACCUUGUAAUGUAACUGCUCUUGGGCAAUAUUCUCUGUACAUAUUAGCUACAACAGAUUGGAUUUUAUGUUGACAUUUGUUUGGUUAUAGUGCAAUAUAUUUUGUAUGCAAGCAGUUUCAAUAAAGUUUGAUCUUCCUCUGCUAACUGAUGUUGACGCAAUCCUUAUGAAUGAUUGCUGUAAAAAAUCUCAACCGAUAGAAAGUAGAAAGUAUUUCUUUGUUUAGACUUCUACUGUAGCCAUUGUUUAUUUACACAUUUUAGAAAAGUCUCAGAUAUUACCAGAUUCCAAAAAUACACCACCAACUGCUUAGGAAGACACAGUCUCCUCAUGGAGUGGUACGGUAUCUUUUGAGUAGUUGCAGUUCAUGUGCUCACAUUUCUCACACAGUGGUUGAGUUCACUAAGGUGCUAACCCACGUAAAUGUGAAAUUACUAAGCCACAGUCUGACUAAUUGGCUGCAUUCCACUUCCAAGUGGCUUUUGGGAUCAUGACCUUUUUCCAGUAUUUGUGUACUUAACAUAUAUAUCCCUUUUGGUUCAUAUUCUGGUGUUUUUUAAAUGUUUACUAGAUUUCAACAAAUCAACCUGUGAACCUAAAUGUACACUUUUAUUUUGAACAGUCAUGUUGUUACAAAACUGGAAAGUGCAACAAAUGUCUGCUGCUUGAGUUCAGGUCCAUCCUUAUUGGUAACUAUUAUAAAGUAUGGUCUAAUGAAUUAAAAUUAUUUUUAAAAUAAAGUUCUUUGAAAGAGU